CCUAACAAAGAUGGCGGUCUGCCCUGUGCUACUCCGCCCCCCCCCUCUCCCCCCACCCUCCCGGUUGUAUCAAAUACCAGGCGGUCUUUCACUUUCGGGUCACUGUUGAUGGGAGAUGGCGCCGAUUCCGAAGGCAGUGGGGCGGAUAAAGUUAGACUGUCCUCUGCAGCCUGGCUGCCCGCUGGAGGUCGCUGCUGUCCCCAAGCUCUGCCGGGAAUUCGGUCCCGAGGACUACGGCGCCGAGGACAUAGCAGAUUUUCUUCAACGGCUUGUGGCGAGUGAUCCCCAGGGCCUGCACCGGAUCCAUGUGGACGGGAGCAGCGGGCGGCUACAGCUCUGGCACCAUGGUGGGGCGUGCAGGGGCCGAGCCCAGGGAUCGAGGCUGGUACCCUGGGGAGGGCUGGCCCUCAGAUGUUCCUCUCUCUCAUGUACCUUUUUCUUUCCCUUCUCCCUAUUCCUCCGGACAGAUUACCUCCUGGACCAUUUCUGCGAUGAGGGGAAAAUGCCUAGACAGAGUGACAUGGCCAAGGGGGUCAAGGGACUGGGCACCUACUGUGGUCUCCGAAAGUCCUUCCUAUAUCCUCCUCAAGGGUCUGAGCCCUGCCCUCCUAGCCCCUCCACCCCUUCCCCUGGUGGCUCAGACAGCCUACUUCAGGUGGCCAUGCCCCAGAAGCUCCUGCUGACAGAAGAGGAAGCCAACCACCUGGCUGAGGAGCUGGUGGCUGAAGAGGAGCGCAUGAAACAGAGAGCAGAGAAGAAACGACUCAAGAAGAAGCGUCAAAAGGAUCGCAAGCGACAGGAGCGCUUGGAGCAGGAGGGUGGGGAGCCCAAGGUCAUGGCCACCCCAAAUGGGGAUGGGAGCCCCCCAUCCAGCCCUGGGAACCCUCCUCAGGGACAGUGCAGUGAGGAAGAGGACUCACUGGAUCUAUCUAGCACUUUCGUGUCUCUGGCUUUGCGUAAAGUCGGGGAUUGGCCUCCCAGUGCCCGCAGAGAGAAGGGACUGAGCCAGGAGCCUCGAGGCAAAAGCCGGAGCCCCAAAGAAAAGAUGGGCCAGGAGGAAGCGAGCUCUCCAAUAGAAGAGAGCCCCAGGCAGAGUCCUAAGGCAGAGGCAUCUCCAGGACUGCUGGCAGUUGCCUUACAGCAGAGCCAGGAGCUGGCAACACUGGGUACCAGCUUUGCCCAAAAUGGCUUCUACCACAAGGCUGUGGUUCUCUUUACCCAGGCUUUGAAGCUCAAUCCCCGGGAUUAUCGGUUAUUUGGAAACCGCUCUUUCUGCCAUGAGCGGCUGGGUCAGUCCAUGUGGGCCCUGGCCGAUGCCCAGGUAGCCCUCACCCUGCGACCGGGCUGGCCCCGGGGCCUUUUCCGCCUGGGCAAGGCCCUGAUGGGACUGCAGCGUUUUGAAGAGGCAGCUGCUGUGUUCCAGGAGACUCUGAGAGGCGGCUCCCAGCCCGAUGCCGCCCGGGAGCUCCACUCUUGCCUUCUGCACCUUGCUCUGCAGAAUCAGCGAGGAGGAAUCCGGGAGCCACUUCUGUCAACUGGGUUCCCACAGCCAUUUUCCCAAGCUGGGCCUGGCACCUCAAGCCUCCUGUCUGUCAUUCGUCCUCCAAGCACUGGUCCAAGAGCCGCUGGCCUUCUGUCUCCACCGCUGCAUUAUCCCCCGAGUGCACUGAGCCACUGUAACUCGCCCCUUCCCCAGGCUCAGAGUAGGAGCCCCCACCCUCUCCAUCUCCGGGGCACCUCAAAGGGCUCUGGUAUCCUGGGACUUCGGCCCCAGCAUCUACCUCAGGCCAGAUGAUGGAGGACCUGUCCCUCAUAGGACAAGGCCAUGUGUGCCUCCCCUAGUUCCCUGCAUAUAUUGAGAUCUUGUAGUCUAAAGCUAUAAUUAAAGAUACCGCUGGUGGCCGUUCCUGUU